CUGCAUCUAUGGCUUCCUUUUUUGCCCUUUUUCGCUUUUCAGUAUGGAGCUAAAUAUCAUUUUCCUCAUUGGUAUGCAACCUGUUUGAUCUUUUGUCUAGCUGAAAAUCAGUAUCUGCCUUGUUUCUUGAACUUGCUAGAAAAAGGGGAUUUUCUUUUUCUUUUUCUUUUUUUCUUUUAAGUGUUUCCCGCCAUAAGUUGAAGUUGGAUAAUCGGUUAGAAAGAAGGGGAUUUCUUUUCUUUCCUUUGUCUUCCCCGACAUUCUGGGGCCUAAGUACUGGAAUGUUUGCACGUUGGGUUCUGAUGAUUUUUGUAAUAUGUUAAUGAAAUCAAGUAAGAUUUAGAGAUGAUGUUAAUGUGAAAUAAGGUUUGGGUAGAAUCCAUGUUGAUAAUGUCAAUAUGACAUUGGCCACCGGACUCAUCAGUGAGGGCAAGAGUGAGUUGUGAAAACUGUGGAAGAAAGAUGAUAAUUGGGUCUAUUGUGUUGAUUGAUGUUAAAAAUUAGAGGUCAUUUUCUUAUACUUGCAUGCUUUUACCUUUCAUGGUUGCAGAUUCUACAAAGUAUAUAUAUAUGGCAGACAUGGGUUAUCUGAUCUUGGAUCAAUAGUAUAGUUAUUAACCAUGGUUCUUGAAUUGGUGGGUACAAUCUUAGUCCUGUUAAUAAAGCCUUUUUCACUUUUUAAACUAUUUUGUAUGGUGGUUCUGAGAGGAACUUUUGUAGCUAUAAACACUUGGGUUGAGAUUUUGAGUGCUUCCAUCUUCUUCCAUGUAAACAUAUUUUGGAGAUUUGUGCUCUGGAGUUUGUCUUUAAUAACUCUACCGGUACGUGCCUUGGGUGCACUACAGAGGGAGAAACAGCUGCAGGCCCAUCUCAGUGAAUUGCAAGAUAGAUUGGACUCUCUUGCAUGUGAUAGGAAGGAACUUGAAGAACAUAUACGAAUAGCCAUCAAAGAGCAUGAAAUGAUGGAAAUGAUGUUAAAUGAGCUUGAAGAGGAACGCGAGGAAGCAAUCCAUAAGGUUAAACUCUUGGAGACCGAGUUGAAAGAUCUCAAGGAUGAAAACCUCCGCCUGCAGGAAGUUCAUGGCAAAUCGCAUUGGGACACUGGUACUCAAGUUGGUGCAGGCUAUGGCUACAGCGAAAAGCGUAGGGAUGCUAAAGUAUCCGACUUUAAAGACGAUAUUUCACCGUGGAAAUCCGAUCAUUAUCAAAGUGGCAAAGGCCUCACGGACAUUCUGAUGCAUAAAAAUGCGUUCGAGGAUGACAACAGAGGUAAAUUUGACGCAAAUGAUUCCGUCAAAACCAAUGGUGUGUCCCUAAUGCACCAAAUCAUACCUGGUGUCGAGAUUCUUGGAGAAUGGAAGGAAGUUGCACUAUCACAAAGUCUCUUUAGUACGAUAUUAUCACUGUUGGUUGGAAUGGUUGUAUGGGAGGCCGGAGACCCUUGCAUGCCGCUCAUCACAGCUCUUUUUAUGGUGGUUGGUAUGUCGUUAAAGAGUGCUGUUGGGCUCUUCUCCACCAUCGAGAACAAGCCGAGUUCUGAUGCUGUAGCCCUCUUGAGUUUAAAUUGUUUCAUACUCGGCACUCUUACGUACCCUACACUACCCAGGCUGGUUCGGUUAUUACUGCCUUUUUUCACUGAGUCUUUCCCACAAGCACUGGGUCGUUUUCUUGCUCUCUUUACUUCUUAAAUCCAGCGCGAUCACGUCCCAAAGGACCAAUAAUGUUUCUUUUUCCCUUGUGAUUUCUAACUUCAGGACUUAUGACGGUAUUUGCAGGAUGGUUUUGCUUUCGACUUCAAGUUUGACUAGGCACGUAACAGCAAUCCGAGUUAAGUUUUCUCUUUAAAACUGUUGUAAGACGCUAGCGUAUGUAGUUGUUUGCUCGAGUUUAGUAAAAAGACAUCCUCUUCUGUUGUCUAUACGGAAAUCAUUAUGCAUAUCGUGUUUGGACUCGGAUUCACAAGGAUGGACCUAGGCACUUCUUAUGGUGGCAUGUGUCAUGGUUUCGGUAGUGAAAAAAGUUAUAGGGUCGUGAAAAGUGUCACCGUAUCAAUUUGUUGUGUGCAACUGUAUAUAUUUUGAAACUAAAA